AUGAUCUGGAGGACUUAUGUCAGGUUUCUGUUCAUCAUCAGUUUGGCACUGCAGCUCAUCCAUUUGGGAAACAGCUAUCAAAGUGAGACACGCCAAAGCGGUAAAGAAGCUGGCAAGAUUGCAGCUCCAAAGCUUCAGCCAACAACACUCAAUUUGACCCUGAGUGAUUUCAGGAAGGACAACGGGUCGGAGGAGGAAUGGAGGCUUCGGGAGUCUGCUCUCUACUCCAGAGCCUCUGACGGGCGUAAGUCCCAGGCUGCCAGACAAGCCUUUGUAGUGGUGGUGGUCAAGGUCCCGAAUCCAGAAACGCAAACCCCUCAAACAACCAGCAGGGUUUUCCCCGAGCAAACACAGCCGGCAGGCCGCCGGCACCGCUCCUCCCCGGGUGGGUCACACGGGGCCCCCUCGCCCACAGGUGUGUUCCCAAGACUGCGCUGCUGCCGGAACGGCGGCACCUGCGUGCUGGGCAGCUUCUGCGUGUGCCCUCCCCACUUCACGGGUCGCUACUGUGAGCACGACCAGAGGCGAAGCGACUGCGGGGCCCUCGUGCACGGGGCCUGGACCUUCCGAGGCUGCCGCCUCUGCCGGUGCAUCUUCGCCGCCCUACACUGCCUCCCUCGCCAGACGCAGGGCCGCUGUGACCUAAAAGACCUUCUCACCUCAUUUGCCAGUGGACCAAGUGCACAUGGGAGGCUGAGCCUUCUCCUGCUGCCCUCUGUCCUCCUGCAUUGCCUCAUCCAUGAGGGCUGAGAAUCCUAAGUGCACAGAAGCUCCCUCCCAGAACUGCAAAACCAAACCUUCAUUUCACAUAGUGCAGGAGCUGCAGGUCCUAACAGGAGACCCAGGGCUG